GCGGGCAUGGCGUGGCCCUGCAUCAGCCGCCUGUGCUGCCUGGCGCGGCGCUGGAACCAGCUCGACCGCUCCGACGUGGCAGUGCCGUUGACCCUGCACAGCUACUCGGACCUCGAGAGCGAGGAGCGGGGCCCGGGAGGCGCAGCCUCGCGCAGGGGCCCGACCCCUGCAAGCGCCCGGGACCCCGGCCGGGAUGUGCCGCUCACUCAGUACCAGCGCGACUUUGGUGUGUGGACCGCGCCUGCGGGAACCCGAGAUGCGGCUCAGGGACGCGGUCCGGGGGCGGCCGGCCGCAAGAGCAAGUCCUCCGCGCCCGGCCCCCGGGGGGUCUACGUGCUGCCCAUUGGCGAUCCCGACACCGGUGCAGUAGCGACCACAUCGUACAGACAGGAAUUUCAGGCUUGGACUGGAGUGAAACCCUCAAGACCCACAAAAGCAAAACCAGCCAGAGUCAUCACAACCCACACCUCUGGAUGGGACGGUGGUGCUGGGGCCAGCUUCCAGGUCCCUGAGGUGAGGAAGAAGUUCACUCCUAACCCCUCAGCCAUCUUUCAGGCUUCAGCUCCCCGAAUUCUCAACGUGUGACUGUGUGUCAGCACUGGGAACCAUGGCUGCCGGGACAUAGCUGAAGAGUGGCCUUAGGACCCAUGGCCGCGUGGCCUGGGCUGGGGCCUGGCUGUCCUCUACUUUCAGGAGUGUGACUGCCCGGGCUGGGGCCUGGUGUGAAGCACAGGUGCAGAUGGACGCAGCACCACCAGCUCCUCAGCCACCGCCAUCCUCCUCACAAAGCAUGUGGGAGGUGUCACAUGUUUUUUUAAUUGCCACUUGGCCAUUCUUCAGUUUUUAAAUCUGAGGAACCCGAGGACCUAUUUGAUGGUGAACUCCACUGAGGAACAGGGACAUAGCAGCUCCUUGGCAGAAUGUCCACUUUGGGUGGCUUUCCAGGAUGCAUGAGAAUUUUAUUAAUUUUAUAACCUAUGGUAAUCCCAGGUGAUAUCCUUGGGUCUUUCUACAAUGACCCAUGUUUACGAACUCAGGUUCCCACCUGCAUGUGAUUCAUGGAGAUGCCGAAUAGCCAGAAGAGGUUUCCGAAAGAAAGUAUCAAUCACAGGGUUCUGAUGUCAAAGGCAUAAUUUCUUUACAGUCAAGGUGACCUUCAUGCUUCAACAAAACAUCUCUUGGGAUGAGUGAAAGAAUGACUAACAAUUAUCAUGUGGUACUUUUCUACAGGCAGAGCCCCUAUUUUAUUACCAAUUUCAGUUUUCCCCUAACACGGGAACCUAUUGCACACCGACCAGAAAUUGGGAGCAAUUGCCUCACACCCUUAAGAACCUAAGAACAUCAUCUAUAUGAGCCCUUGCCCGCGGGCCUGGCCUGUGCACUUAGUGAGGGGAGGCUCACUGCUGGUCCUGUCUUUCAAAAGCUCUCCUGUCUCCAGUGUCCACCAAUUCCAGUCAGUGUGGCUGUGUGGAACAAGCAGGGUCCCUUCUUUGCACAGCACAGCAGCCUUUCAAACACUUGAAGGGUCUUGUGUCCCUUCUUGAAGAGUGGAGGCACAAAAUUGGGGCAGUUUCUGGUAAGGAAAUGUAAGGAUUUCCUGUGACUCUUCCUCUCCAGCGUGGCUCCAGGCUGCUGAACAUUAAGGCCCCGGGUGGCGUUCGUUUAGACCACGGCAGGCUCAGAGGGGCUGUUUCCAGCUCAGCUGCCUGCGCAGCUUCCCUCAGAGGUGCUAGCUCUGGCAGGUAGGGCCUCCCUCACUCCAGCAAAGGAAAUGCUCGCUGAAAGUCAUUUCAAAGGGAAAACCAUAUGCUUACACAAAGGGUUCAUUGCUUCAGACUUCACCGGUUUGCAUGCUCGAUGUUUCUAGGAGGAAAGAGACUGCCUGCUGGGCAUUCUGUGGGGGACAAGCAGAUUAACUGUACAAUCUGACUUUACUAAAAUGCAAAAAUGUACUCUUUCAAUUUCUUAUUUCCUUAAAUUAUAAACUAGAUUCUCUCUCUA